AUGCAUGAUUUGCUUUUUUUGAAUUCUUUCUUCCGGCUGCCAACACAAGGCAAGAUGCGUUCCGUCACCUUGAAGGAUGUUGAACAAGACAAGGUCGUCAAGACCGUCGCUGCCCAUCUCAAAAAGACAGGCAAAAUAAAGGUACCUGAACACAUGGACCUGGUGAAGACUGGUCGCUUCAAAGAGCUGGCGCCCUACGAUCCUGACUGGUUCUUUGUGCGAUGUGCUGCAAUCCUCCGUCACAUAUAUAUUCGCUCCCCAGUAGGAGUCAAGACCGUCACCAAGAUCUUCGGUGGUCGCAAGCGUAAUGGUGUAACUCCCUCACAUUUCUGCAGAUCCUCAGGGAGCAUUGCUCGCAAAGCCCUCCAGGCCCUUGAGUCUCUGAAGCUUGUUGAGCAAAUGCAAGAUGGUGGUCGUAUCCUGACCGUCCAGGGAAGGCGUGAUCUCGACAGAAUCGCCGCACAAGUUCGUCUAAAGGCUAAGCAGGCGGCUAAACAAGCAGUCAUCGUUCUAUAA